AUGGCGGGCAAUGGAAGAGUCACAAAACGGUCGUCAAAUGCUUGUGUGCGAUGCCGGAGACAAAAGAUCAAAUGUUCCGGGUCGCAGCCAUGCGACGGGUGCAGCAAGCGAAAGCUUAGCUGCAUAUUCAACGAUCGUGAUCAGAAGAUCCUGGUAACAAGAGGCUACAUUCUGGAGCUGCAGCAGAAGAUCGCGCGUAUAGAGCAGAGCGAGAAGGGCCAAGUGAGCCCUUUCAGCUCGAAUUUCGAUACUCAAAUUGAUCGCGAAGACGUACCUCCUUUGGAGAGGACUAGUACUCCAGAGGAGCAUGAUGAGGACCAGAACCUGGAGGAUUUGGACCCCGGGCUAGCCAACCCGUUAUCAUCCGGUCCUCCUGCUUUUAUGUCUGCACCAAAUGGCCGCACAUUCUAUCUUGGAACAUCAUCCAACUGGUCGUUCACUCGACGAGUUCUCAGCUUGGCACAUCAGCACCUCUAUCAGGAUGCACUACCCACAGAAACUUUGAUAUUUGAUGAAACGACCUAUGAACUGGGAUGGGACGGGUUACGAACAACCCCGGGCCCAGAUGUCCCGGUCGUCCCGACUCGUGACCAUACCAUGUACCUGAUCAACGCCGUGCAAUUCCGGUGCGGGCAAUUGUAUCAUCUUUUUGAAGAAGAUGAGUUUAUGAGCUCUUUGCAGCAGUUUUACUCAGGAGAUGGGCAUUCCAUGACAAACAGCUUGUGGUACAUCCAUUUCCUCCUGAUAUUGGCUUUUGGGAAAGGAUUCGUUCAGCCCAAGGCUCAAGGUAAAAAGCCACCGGGGGUGUGCUAUUUCGUCAAAGCUUUGCAACUUCUGCCUGACCCGACUGCUCUUUACCGGGAUCCUACGCUGGGAACGGAAAUCCUAUGUUGCAUCGCCUUAUACUACCAGUGUGUUGACUAUCGAACAUCGGCACAUAACUACAUUGGCCAAGCCAUGCGGAUAGCUAUGGCACAAGGAAUGCACACUAGUAUGCCAGUUGAAGAUUUAGGACACGGCAUGGUCCAAAGAUGCGGCAAAAUUUGGUGGACCAUUUAUAUUCUGGACCGAGAAAUGACAUCGUUGAUGGGUCUGCCUCAGUCGAUCAAUGACCGACAUGUGCAAACCCAGCUUCCUACCUUUGCAGACCCAUCGGAGACAAUGUCAUUAGGCAUGCACAUCAAGUUGUCCCAGAUCAUUGCCGAGGUGAACAGUACAAUAUAUGUUGUCAAUGGACGCAUCAACCGGACUUUUCUGCUGAGCACCAAAUCAGCUUUGGCGAACAUCGCAGGGCUUGCCGAUGAGCUUCGCAAGUCAUUCCCGCUACACUUGGAUCCAGGCAGCGGCGUUUCUCGAAUAUCAGCAUAUUUACAUCUUCAAUAUCACCAGUGUAUCAUCCUAGCCACCCGACCUCUCCUAUUCUGCUUUCUUAAAAUCCGCUUUGAGUCCCCAGAAAACUGCCUGGAAUCCCUCAAUGCAUCCCGAAACGUCCGAAACUUGAUGCAGAUGUGUCUUGAAUCUGCCCAGCACAUCAUCAGUAUUCUCUCCAGUUUACAGAGCCAAGGUCUGCUAGAAACCUUCCUCCCCUUCGAUCUAGAAUCAGUCUUCGUAUCCACAAUCAUCCUCCUGAUGGGGCCGGCAAUCGACCCGCGAGUACUAGAAAGCCACCCUAACUGGCUAGAGAAAGCCUAUGCCAUCUUCGACGAAAUGAUCAGAGACGGAAACCAAGUUGCUAAAUUCCGGCGAUCAGAGCUCCAGCAGCUACGUGAGACAUUAACAGGAUGUCUCUCUGGUGAUCAGCCUCGACACUUAGCAGUCCCUGAAUUCUUCCAACAACCCAAUGUUCUUCCGGGCCCAGCUUCCCCUUCUGCAACACCGAUUCCUGGUGCUAUACCUCAAUCUGUUCGAUAUAACGAUGCGCUUCUAAGGCCAGAUCCUGAUUUUGAUGUGGAGUGUGAUUUCAGCACGAUGCUGACUUCGGCUGAGAUUAUGGCUGUUGCGGACUCGAUUGAGAGUUAUGAUACUGAGUGGGUGUCUAAUGCGAUAAUUGAACAUAGUAUAUGGUAG